UCGUCAUCUAUUCAACAACGACAAACGUCAAAUCAAAUGCUUAUCGUCUCAGCUGAGCCACAAAGGUGACUGACUGUUUGACGUAGUGUUUCUUACUCAAAACCUUAAGUUUAUACAGCAUUUCAACAGUGAACAGUGAAAAAUAUUAAUUUUAAGUACUGUGCCUUUGAAUUUUAAACAUAAUUUGCAACUAUGAGUGAAUUAAGUCAAGAGGAGAUACGGCGGAGACGGUUAGCGAGACUUGCAGCUCUGGGAGGGACUGGUUCUUCACCAGCUCCAACGAGCCCCCCAGUCACACCUAGUGCUUCUGUGCCAAAUGAACUGCUUAGUCCACAACAACCGCUUAGAUUAUCACCAGGUCCCAUUCCAAGGAGUUCCACAGAAAACACCACAGACACAAAUACAGGACAGAAUUAUACAGACAAUAAAAAUGAUGUGUCAGAUCAGACGAAAAUACCAGCAGAUGGUUUAAUAGUGACAGAAAAGACAGAGAAUAAUUUGUUAGACGAGAUGCCAGAUACGAAAAUGACAGAUCUGUCUCAAACUAGACAGUAUAACAGUUUUGACUCGAUGGGUGAUGAUGCUUUGUUAAGUUGUGGAUCAGUAAGGGUUGGAGCUUUGCCCCAAACCACUGUAAGUGGAUCAGAAGGAGCAUCAACAAGAGAAGACAGCACAUCAAGAUCAGGAUCUCCGACACCUUUUGUUGAACCGUCACCAGUCAAGCCAAGGAAUAACAAUGCUUCUCCGAGCUGCUCAAGACGCUCUCUUUCAAUGGACGUAGAUGAUGUAUCAGAACGAAAUUCACAGUCAGAAAGUCAACAGGAGCCAAUGGAGGUUGAAGAAAAUGACUCAUUACAAUCACCGGCUCGUAAGAUUCAGAGGUCACGGACGGUCAGUGCCACGGAACUGACAGAGGAACAGCUUAGAGGCAUAGUCGCCAAGAUAUUACAAGUGUCUUGGUCAGAAGAAAGUUCAGGGGGUAUUUUUGUACCUUCAGUAGCAGCAGCUUUACUUGACAACCCAAAGCUAUCAUUAGACGAAUUAGCAUCGGAAGCACUUAUGGAUGUGAUAAUGCAGAUUGUUGAUGGAUCAGAUCCACUUAACCAAAAGGCACUCAUAUCGCUCCUCAUUCGACAAUCUAUGAAAGAACUGAAUGAAGAAUGUGUUGACGAUCUUCUAGCUAAAGAUCCAAAUACACUAGAAACUGAGACAGAAGAAGGUGAAUGUCCAGCACCGCUCCUGCCGCUACCCAAAGAAAUAACGACACAAGCAAUAGCUGUGAGCUAUCUACUAAAAUUCUACUACAAUAUUAACAUAUAUGAGAGAGAUUACCCAAAGAAAAGUUCAGAACCGCCUUUGAGUGAUUUGCUUUUAAGCUUACGAACUUUAAUCGUUGAUCACUUAGUAUUAGUGUUGAGGAGGAGAUUCGAGUUAGAAAAAUCUAGGAAAUCACCACUACUGCCAUAUAUUAUGAUAGGAAAUACGCCCACAGGGCUCAUUCCCGAAUUAUUACUUAAUACAUAUCAAGACCAGGAGGCUCUAGAAGAGGUAUUUGUGCCAUUAUUAAUGGGUAUCCGUGAAGAGAUGCGUCGCCGCGUGUCCCCACUGGUCGGGCGCGGUGAGGGCGCAGCCCUACGCGCGUUGCGGUCUCUGUGCGAACUGAGGGCUGGGCCGAGGCAUUCAGCAAGACCUAUAUGUGCACUAAUCGCUAAGCUACCCAGCUUGUGUCCAGCGCCUGUUACUACAGCUCCAGGACGGGAAAUAGCUAGAGUCAGCUUUCUGGGUCCGUUCUUUGCGAUGUCCCUAUUCGCUGAAGAGAACCCCCUGUUCGCUGAGCGAAUGUUCGCAACAGGAACGGACCAGAGUUUAGCAUUCGCGUUACAAAGGGAAGUAGAAGCGAGUCGCAACACAUUACAUAGUAUCUGCCACAAUAUACUUUUGUGUCCGGAGGCAAGGGGACCGUUCCUGCAGUACUUUGCUGCGUUGCUGCAGAGGAAUGAACGCAGGGCUCAACUGCAAACUGAUGAGAGGUCACUGGCUGGUGACGGCUUCAUGCUGAACGUAUGCUCCGUACUACAGCUACUAUCUGUUCGCAUCAAACUCGACCGCGUAUACCCGUUAUACACGUUCCAGCCGGGCACGUGGUUGAACGUACGCGACGAGACGCGGCUGUACUUUACCGCGCAGGAGGCGCAGGACUGGCUCGAUGCGCUCAAUAACGACCCGAAUCACUCGUGGCCGGAAGCGAAGUUCCAAACAGUGUGUUGGUUCCUGACGCUUCACAUGCACCACGUGGCGCUCAUACCAGCAUUGCACACGCAUCAGAGACGGAUUCGAGCAUUCCGCGAUCUCCAAAAGGUGAUAGAAGAGCUGGUGGCCGCAGAGCCGCAGUGGCGAAAUAGUUUCACGGCGUUACGUAAUACAGAACUGCUAAGACGAUGGCGGCGGCAGAUCAAACGGCUACACAGAUCGAAACAAUGCGCGGAAACAGCGCUCCUCGACCCGGAGCUAAUGCGUCGCGGCGUGCAGUUCUACUCGUCCGUGUGCGCGCUGCUCGUCCGGCAGCUCGAAGCGGCGGCGGGCACGUGCGACGCGGCCGGCGGCGCGGGCCCGACUGGCGGCGCGGCGCACGCCUUCCGCGCUACACCCGAGUGGUACGUCGAGGACAUCGCCGAGUUCAUGCUGUUCGCUGUGCAAUACGUCCCACAAAUAGUCGCCUACUACAUCGAAGACCCAAUAAUAACGUGGCUCCUCAGCGCCAUCUGCAACUCGCAUCUCAUCAAGAACCCAUACUUGGUGGCUAAAAUCGUUGAAGUCUUAUUCGUAAUCAAUCUUUCGCUACCAAUGAAACUGAAGAAUGUUUAUGAGAAAUUCAUGGACCAUCCCAUGUCACAAACGGCGCUACCAAGUGCUCUGAUGAAGUUUUAUACGGAUAUAGAGACGACGGGACAGAGUACGGAGUUCUAUGACAAGUUCACGAUACGGUUCCAUAUUAGUAUCAUACUUAAGGGCAUGUGGGAACGGCCGAUUCAUAAACAGGCUAUCGUGAAGGAAUCUCGGUCGGGUCGUCAGUUCGUCAAAUUUAUCAACAUGCUUAUGAAUGAUACAACCUUCCUAUUGGAUGAAUGUCUAACGUACCUGAAACGCAUCCACGAGGCGCAAGAAGCGGGUGCAGGCGGAGCGGCGGGCGAAGCCCGGGGCAGAGCGCUAGCGCAGGACGAGAGACAGUGCCGCUCCUAUCUUACACUCGCUAGGGAAACAGUAGACAUGCUGGAAUAUUUAACCGUGGAAAUUAAGGAGCCAUUCCUGCGAGCGGAGCUUGUGGACCGACUCGCUUCUAUGCUGAACUUCAACCUGCAACAACUCUGCGGACCUAAGUGCAAUAAUCUCAAGGUGCGCCGGCCCGAGAAGUACGGCUGGGAGCCGCGGCGGCUGCUCAGCCAGCUGGUGGACAUCUACCUGCACCUCGACUCGCCGCAGUUCCACGCGGCGCUCGCUGCUGACGAGCGCUCAUUCCGCAAGGAGCUGUUCGAGGAAGCGGCCGUGCGUCUCGCGAAGUCUUGCAUCAAGACUUCCACUGAGAUCGAGAGGUUCAAGACGCUAGCUGAUAACGCUUAUCAGAUCGCUAUAUCGAACCAGCAGCAGAGCGACGAGUUCGCGGACGCGCCGGAGGAGUUCCGCGACCCGCUCAUGGACACGCUCAUGACCGACCCCGUGCUGCUGCCCUCCGGCAAGGUAAUGGACAGGUCGGUGAUCCUGCGUCAUUUGUUAAACAGCGCCACGGAUCCUUUCAACCGACAGCCGCUUAGCGAAGACCAAUUACGUCCAGCUUCAGAACUCAAAGAGAGGAUAAUUCAAUGGCAACGCGAGAAGAAACUUUCAUAAGCGUUGUUUUUCAACCAAGUCUGAUGUAUAUAAUGUGACUCGUGUAAACGCUGUAGUCUAUGUGAGAUUAUGAGAGCGAAUGGCAGUGGUAUAGUGCGCAUUCCGCGAGACAUUGUAGAUAAUCAACCAUAGACAAUAAAUUGUAGAAAAAAAUAUAUUCACUAUUUAAAUUUAUGGCAGUAAAUGACGGUUGGACUUCACAAAAGUGACACAGAGCUGUCAAUGUCAUUCGAUGAAAUUGGUUGUCUAUGGUUUUCAUUUGUUGAGAUAUGAUGCAAAAUCGCAUUGAUAUGAUCUGUUUAGAUAAAUUGAUACCAAUUUUAAAUAUUAUGUGAUAAAAUAUCGUCAUGGAUAAUAAAUAACCUUAUAAUCUUUUAA